AUGAGUUUGCUUUCAAAAUUGAAGUACUUUACAUAUUACCUAUCAACAAAAUUAUUUUUAGUAAGCUUUAUUCUAGUUCUGCUGUCUCACCAUAGCCCUGAUUUUUAUCAAGCUGCUGUUAGUUUCAAAUAAUUUGAGGUCUCAAACCCUUUUACUGAUUGGGUGAAUUUCUGCAACCUUUUUUAUGAUUCUUCUUAUCCCCUCUCCGAGAGCAAACAAAAUAAUUUUGCUCACUCACAGAGGGGAUUAAAAUUUUUUCUGAAAAUUUAAAAAAAUUCAAUUUGUAAAAAUUGGAAAGCAAAAUUGCUUAAUUUUAAUAUUUAUGUUUUAAAAUGUGAGCUGCUUACAACUUAACAGAAUUUCAAGAUUUCAUAUAAUAAUUAUUACAAGAUAUUUUGUAUAUCAAAAAUUUAGUUAGCUCAUGGAGGGUAGAUUUUACCCAAAAAAAUAGGGAUUUUUCGAACGAUUUUGUCCGAGGCAAGUCAGAAUUUAUUUUUUAGCUCGGAGAAUGUCAUACGAAGAGCAGCAGCUGAUGGUUUUGGACCUUGUCAUUCAGAAUUCAGUAGAGAGAUAUAUUGAGCAGCUAAAUGAAACCAACAUUCAGAAUACAAAUUAUACUAUGCAAUCACAAGACAUAACUGGAGAGUUGCUUCAUCUAGAAGCUGAAGAGGAAGGCUUUUGCUCAAUUUGUAUGAAUGAUAUAACGAAAGGACAGAUUAUCACUGUUUUAAAAUGUCCUCAUAAAUUUCACUCCGAGUGUGUAGAUACUUGACUUGAGACCAAACCUUCGUGUCCUGUAUGCAAAAAGAUAGUUUCAGUUAAUAAUUUAACUGAAUACAAUUAUAAUUCACAAGAAUUCUUUAUCGUAUAA